GUCGCUAGCCGUUAGCUCAACCUGCUAACUGCAAGCUAAAGUUUCACUUUCUCCCCGUCGGGAGGAUCCUCACUCGGACGCGCGGGACUUCCCGGGAAACGAAACCACAAGUGGCUCCGCUCGUGUCCGACAGCCGUGGGCUCUCAGAUGUCAGUUUUCAGUCACGCGCGGUGGAGAUAUCGGCAGUUUGUGUAAAAGUUAAUUUGUGUCCGCUGCGCGUGCAAACCGUCGUCUCAUCGGCUAGCUUCAGCGGCUAGCCCCCCGCUAGCAUGGACAGCAGCGGGAACACGCAGAGCAGCGAGGAGCGGAGCGCGGAGAGGGCGAUGGACGGCUACCUCAGGUCCAUCGGUUUCCACCGGAAGAAGAUCGCCAAGGACGGCUCGUGUUUGUUCCGGGCCGUGGCGGAGCAGGUGCUGCACAGUCAGAGCCAACACGCUGAGGUUCGGGCCAAGUGCGUGGACUUCCUGAAGCAGAACCGGGACAGCUAUGAGGCGUUUGUUGAAGGAGACUUUGAGGAGUACCUGCUGAAGCUCCAGGACCCGCAGCAAUGGGUCGGAGAGGUGGAGAUCAGCGCGCUGGCCGUCAUCUACCAGAGGGAUUUUCAGAUCUUCCAGGAGCCGGGGAAACCUGCGGUCAACAUCACCGACAACAACUUCAAGGACAAGGUGCUGCUGUGUUUUCUGAACGGGAACCACUACGACAGCGUGUACCCCCUCAGCCGCAUCAAGAACUCUGGCUUCUGUCAGUCCGUCUUGUACGAGCUGCUCUACGACGGCGUCUUUAAGGUGGACCGCAGCGUCCUGGCUCAGUGCCAGCGGGGCGGCCGGCCCAACAACGUCCUGAGCGACGACGCCAUGCCCGCCUGCGGCAGCAGCGACGACUCGGAGCCGGACGAGCUGCUGUGGGUGGAAAACGAGACGAGCGCGACGUCCUCCAGGUCCAGCAGCCAAAGUUUCAGGGGUCGAGGCCGCGGGCGGAGGCUGCCCGAGAGGGUGUGGCGGUCUCUGAACCCGACUCUGCUCCGAAACGUCGAGUACGACAUCUGGCACAAGAGCAAGAGGGCCCAGCAGAAGAUGGAUUACUCCAUCGCUGCGGGGAUGCAGUUCUCCGUCGGGGAUCGCUGCCAGGUCCGUCUGGAGAACAGUGGGCGGAGCUACAGUGCCAUCGUCAGAGAGAUUCCUCCCACUAACGGCCCGGUGACCGUUUACAUUGAAGAACUGGGAACAAAACAAGUCCCUCUGUGGAACCUCCGCCCCCCCAGCGUUGAGAACAGUUGGAGCACCGUGGUCCACCGGGACAAGAGACUGAACAACGGACAUGGAGUCUGGGAGGACCGCGGUAAAGGACGGGGGCGAGGGAAGUCCACCCCAUCUUCAUCGUCAUCCUCCUCCUCCGUUCCCCCGGCAACAGCUGCAGGCUCCGGCGGGCGCAUGCAGAAGCAGCACUCGUGGCCCCCGCAGGCCACCGUAGAGGAGCAGGGAGGGGGGAAAACCAGCAGGAGGUCUGUGGGCUCCGGGGAGCCGCCCCUGGCUCCGACCAACCAGCAGCAAAGUUUGGCCAAAGAAGAGGACAACGAGAGGAACAUGGCGCUGCUGGAGAUCCAGCUCCGAGACGAGCACAGCUUCCCCGCCCUGGGAGCUCAGGCAGCGGCGCCGGCUGAUGGAGCAAGGAGGAAGGCCGGCGAAAGGAGGCGGCCUCAGAGGAACAAGACGAGUCCAGUCGACGACGUCGUGUCGUCGCCUCCUGCUGGAGACAGACUCAAGUCCUCCACUUCACCUGUCAGCUCCGCCCCCUCCGCUCUUAAACCUCCCACUUACUCUGCUGGGCGGAGCUCUGCAGAAGCGGCAGCCUCAGGCUCCUCCCACAGCCACCCAUCCUUCUCUGCUGCCCCACCCACUAAAGCCACCACGCAGUCCUACGCCUCGGCUGCUGCUCCAACUUCUCCCCCUCCCACUGUUAAACCCUCCGUCCCGUCCUCCGCUGGCGUCUUCUCCUUCAUCACCCCAGUUCUCCCCGCCGCUUCAGCUCCUCCCGCUUCGUCUUUGUCCCCUCCUCCCCAAGCUGUUGCGUCUCCUCCCUCAUCUUCAGCUCCUCAGCCGACCUUCAUCGCCCCCAUCGCUCCGUGUCCCGCAGCCGCUCAGGGCUACCUGCGAUCUUUCGGCCCCACCUCCUCUCUGCCUCGCUCCCCCAGUCCUCCCUCCUCCUCAGUGGUUCCUCCUCCAGCUCUUCCAGCUCCAAGUAAGAAAUCAGCCGACACUAAGAACAACUACUGUGUUGCACCAAAGACCGAAGGGACUCUGCCGGAGUCUCAGACCUUCCAAAGUGGGACUCGAGUGUCUCAGAUUCAUCCCAGAGUGGAUCCAGACCUGAACCAGGUUUCUGGGUUUCAUGAGGAGAACCAAACACAGCCCAGUCUACCUGAGAUCCAGACCCAGAGUCAAGGUUCUUUACUAGAGAACCAAGACCAGACCCCUCUGAAUUGGACUGAGGUCCUGAGGGCUAAGACCUCGGUCCCUCAGACCCACAUUCAGGUCCCCUUUGAGCCUCAAGCACAGCCUCGGUCUGAUGUUGUCCAGGUCCAGUCCUCUGAUCCACCUCCUGAUGCUUACCAGGUCCCAGCUAAUGUCCAAACUGAGGCUCCGCCCACACAGAAGCCCGAGACUCCGCCCCCUCCCCCCUCUAGUCUUCCUCAGUUCCCCGGCCUUCCUCAGCCCCUCCCCCUCCACCAGCUGUCCCAGUGGUUCCAGGACCCCCUGUACCCCGGGUUCCCGCAGGGGGAGAAAGGCGAGGUCCUGCAGAUCCCGCCGUUCUCCACCUGCAGGACGGGAGACGACCUGCCGAAGGACGUGAACCUCCUGAGGUUUUUCUUCAACCUGGGUGUGAAGGCCUACACCAUGCCGGUUGUUUCUCCUUGCCUGUACCUCCUCCCCCUGCAGCAGUUCUACACCAUGCAGGCCAAAGCCCACUCCCCGGCCCCCCUCUACCCCUCCAGCCCCCCAGCCAGGCCCCCGGAGGCUCAGCUGCCCACCCAGUACCAUCCAGCUUCAGCAUCCCCACAGUAUGACCACCAGACUCCACCAGCUGAGCCCCCCCAUCCCAAUGAGCCUGCCCACUCCACUGAGUCCCCCCAUCCCACUGAGUCCCCCCAUCCCACUAAGUCCCCACAUCCCUCUGAGCCCCCCCACCCCACUGAGCCCCUUCAGUCCAAUGAGCCCCUCCAUCCCACUGAGCCCCCGUCCCCGGCUCUCCGUCAAUCUACCCGUGUCCCCGAAAACCGUUCAACCCCACCCAACAGUACGUCCUGCCGGGCGCCCCGGAUCCCAGUCAGCUGAGCUACCCGGCAACAGUCGCCAUGGCGGAGCCCCUGUCGGUGGCGUGCAGCACGGAGGACGACUUCGAGGGAGAAGGGUUCACCGUGAACGUUUCUGGGCAGAGGAGGAGCUACAGGGGGCGUGGAGGAAGAGGGAGGAGCGGCUACGAUUCAAGAAGAGGGGGCUACGACUCGGGGAGAGGGACGCCAAGGAGGAGAUACAUUGAUAUGGGGGCGGGGCCUAACUAUCUCCAGUUUAGCCCCUCCUACAGGGGGCGGGGUCGAGAGAGAGGCUACUAG